GUUAAACAAUAACCCUAUUUAGACUGAAAAUUUUCCGUGAUUUUCUGUUUAUAUCUUGUUUAUAUUUAUAUGAAUAGUUCUAAUAAUGAAAACUAAAAAUAUUUUUCAUAUACCAAACUUUGAACAACUACUAGAUCCUGGAAUAUCUUCAGAUAAAAUUGUUAUUGUCUCCGUUAUAGGCAAGAGUUCACUAAACACUUCUGGUUUAAAAGUAAAAAGCAUUGGACGGAUUUUUCCAUUUGAAAAUCGUGUAUCGAGUGAAAGUGUUAUAAAAGGUUCGUAUGAUGAAGAAAAUCAAACUUUAUAUCUCCAUUUGUACAGUUUGCUUGAUACGGAUGUAUUCAUGGAAAAAAUAGGUGCUUUUAAUGACAGUAGCAUAAUCGAAGAAGAUUUUCUGGCUACAUAUGACGAUGUUAAAAGUUCAUUCUGUAGAUACUUUUUGUAUUUACUUUACGUUAGUCAUAUUGUAGUUUUGUCCCAUCCAGGCUCAAGUUUUGAUACAAAUUAUGUUCAGUAUUUUAAGGCACUUGAUUUGUUAAGUAAAAAAUAUUUUAAUAAAAUAUGCAGUCAGUUAGGAUUGUUGAAUAUGCUAAAUUCUGACUGGAUUGCAAAUGGUAGAGUUUGUACGCCGAGAAUUAUAUUUUACUUUGAAAGAACACCAAGACCAUUGAACAAUAUUAGUAUAAAGAAAUUAGAACAUAAUUUAGAAGACAGAAUUUAUCACAUAUUGAAGAAAACCAGGCUUAUAUCAACUUCAGGAUCUUCAUUGUUUGCUAUUCCUCCAAACGAUGAAUUUGUUUACGUGUCCGAAGUGAGACCGAAAGACCGACUGAGUGAAGCAGUUAAAGGGCUCAUUCAGGACUGUCAGCCGGGUGGCGCGAUGCAAGUCCAAGCCCCAUUUUCCAGUCAGCCCUAUGUAGAAAAGGAUUUUAUGAGGUUUUUGCAAGUUCACAUUCAACAGGCCAGAACUAAAGGAUUCGACGACUCUGUUAGUUCCAGUCGCCAUCAGCAUCCUCCAUCUUAUUUUGAGCUUCCAGUUUUGGAGCACUGGGUCGAGGCAAGCAAGUCCCUCUACGAACUAGUAGUGCAGAAAGACAAGCCGAUCUCAUUUUUGUGUACCGACACGAGGUUUUCCGAACAGAGAUGCCUGAAAGUGUUGCCCUUGGCUGUUGCUAGGUAUCAAGAAGGAUUGCCUUCUCACUAUGCUAAAGCCGAACACGAAGCUAGAUUAGCCAUGGCAUUAGCCUUAUUCAGAGCCCAAGCAAGAGGUCCGAAAUAUCCACAGUAUCAGUUGAAGUUGGAGGUUGAAUGCCAAGCACAUUGGGAGAACGGUAGGCAACAGUGUGAAGCAGCUUCAAUGACGGGAAAUCCUUGUAAAUUACCGAAGCAUACGCCUGAUCAAGAACACAUGAGUGGAUUUAUGUAUAAAUCUGCCUGCGAUUGCGGAAGAAAAAUCGGUCCGAGAGACGAUCCGUACACGCCAAUGCAAGCCAACUAUAUUUUUUACCAACAGAUAGGCAAGGACUGCCAGUGCUCCAAACUGGAGAGAAUCGAAUUUCCCAUUUUCGAACCGUCGAUUCAAGAGUAUAAAGCGGCAACGCUGCAUAACGGCCAACACGAACCAGAAGACCCCAUGUCGAUGCUUUUAUUUCAGAUGACCAUGUCGGAUAGGAGUAUCCAACAGCUCACGCCCGAGGUUGGGGAAAAGGGAGUUGUUAGGCAACCCAGCACGACUGAAUACUUGCCCGGCAUGUUGACUUUGAAUUCGCCGCCCGGUCUGCUUCCGGUAUUUUCCAGCUGGUCUCUUGUAUGUCUAGGAGCUUCGUCGCUGUACAGCCACAACUUGGGAUUGUCAGAACAAUAUCAUCCGGGCUUUUUGAGUUCCACAAACUAUCUGCUACCGUGGGACGUUACGGUGGGCUCUAAGUCGAAAAAAGCUUGGCCGGCUGUAGGAAAAUAUUCCAAUAGAGGCAGGAGGGGAAGACCUACCAGCAGUAUCAUGCCGCAAACGGUUAAAGUUUUUAUUGGAGUUGAGUACGAGUGUUCUUCUGGCCAUAGGUUUAUGUUGUCAGCUCCGGAUAAAAUGUUGAAAGCCGCACCGGGAAGCAUAGUGAAAGAUACGGGACAUAAAAUAGCCGAAUCUGAUAUGCCUUUGUAUUAUCCUUGUUCCUGCAGGGCGGGAAAAAUAGCACAGUUAAUGCGGCUGCACGUCGUAACUCCGAAAGCUCCAGUUUACUGUACUUUAAAUCCUAGGGUUCAGCCAGCAGCUGGCGCUCCCAUAUUUGUAAGCACAACAGAUGAACCCACCAAACUGACUCAGUCGGCGUAUUGGAUUAUGAGACUGCCCUUUGCCUAUGUAGCCGACAAAGAACAUUUCAAACAGAAUCUUUCUGGCAAACUGUUACAAGGUACAUUCGGUGUUAUUGAAGCUGACUGAUAUUUAUUUUAUUGUUAAGUUAAUUAAGGAACAUAUAAAGUGACCAGAGUUAAGUCAUUCAAUGACGGGCGCAGGCGGGCACCUACUGUAAUAGAACUGAUGCAUGUAAUUCCUAUGUUCAUAUAAUGAACGUCUGGUCACUCUUAUUCUUAUGUGAUUUAUUUAAGUAUGGAAAAAAAUAAGAAUAUAAAUAAAACAAUUUUCUUAAUA